AUGAACUUGUCCUCUAUCCUCCAUCUCCAGCCUCCUUCCUACGAGCGCAAGAAGCACUAUGAGUUUGGUCGUGACCUCGGCACUGGAACAUACGGUACAGUCAAGAAGGCAAAGGCCUUAGACACCGGCAACGAUGUGGCUGUGAAGAUCAUUUUGAAAAAGACCGUCAAGGGACAUGAGGACAUGGUCGAGAAGGAGAUUGGUGUCCUCAAGAACCUGAGCCAUCCUAACAUUGUCAACUUUUUGGACUGGUUUGAGAGUCGCGACAAGUACUACCUCGUCUUUGAUCUUGCUGCAGGAGGCGAGUUGUUUGACAGGAUCUGUGAAAAGGGCGCCUUCACCGAGAACAAUGCCGCGACGAUCAUGAAGGAGGUCAUUGAGGCGAUCGAGUACCUUCACAGCAAGAACGUCGUCCACAGAGAUUUGAAACCUGAGAAUCUACUUUACAAGGACGAGACCGAGGAUUCCAAGCUGAUGAUUGUCGAUUUCGGCAUCUCCAAGACGAUGGAAUCGGAGGAUCAGGUCUUGACGACAAUGUGUGGCAGUUACGGUUAUGCUGCCCCUGAGGUCUUGCUCCGCAGAGGACAUGGAAAGCCCGUUGAUAUGUGGAGCAUUGGAAUCAUCACAUACACCCUUCUUUGUGGAUAUGCACCAUUCCAAGCAGAGAAUGAUCAGCAGUUGGUUGCAGAGAUUGCGAGAUGCAAUGUUGUUUUCCACCAGCGUUACUGGAAGGAUGUCUCCGUUGAAGCUCGGGACUUUAUCAAGUGCUUGCUGCGUGCACACCCUGAGAAGCGAUUGACAGCUACCGAGGCGCUUCAGCACAAGUGGAUCACAACCGAGACCGGCAACAAUGCUGAUCUUUUGGACAACGUCAAGGAGGGAUUCAACGCUAAGAGAAUGUUCAAGAAGACGGUUCGCGCUGUUGCCGCGGCAAACCGCCUUCGCUCGAUGACCCGGAGCAAUACCGAGAUGACCAAUUCUGACGCUGGAAGUCUUGCAUCGACGGUUGGCGCCUCUGAGACUCAGCAGCAGCAGCAGCAACAGCCACAACAAGCUGAGGCUAUUGUCCCUGUCACCGCGGAGAAGUCUUGA